AUCCUCUCAUUCUCCAUAAACUAAUCAUUAUUAACAUUUUCAUAAUCUUAUCAAUCCUUCUUCUUUCUAAAAUUUUUCAAUCUUUAAGACAAAUAUGCCUCAUCUAUCACCACAAUUUCCCACAAUGUUCAAGUAUGUAAAACUUGUCUACCAAUAUGUUGUGAAUCACUUCUUGACAUGUCUAUUGGUGCCCACAAUGGCUAUGGUUCUUGUUCAAGCCAUUCAAUUAGGCCCUGAGGCAAUUUACAUUCAGUUUGACUUCACCAAAACACUAUGUUCAUCUUUCCUCAUCUUCUUCGUGACCAUUUUGUACUUCAUGUCAAGGCCGCGAGGGGUUUACCUAGUCGAUUAUGCAUGUUACAAGCCACCUGUGUCAUGUCGCGUACCAUUUUCAACGUUCAUGGAGCAUUCAAGAAUCAUACUUAAGUCAGAGCCGAAGAGCGUUGAGUUCCAAAUGAGGAUACUUGAGAGGUCAGGUUUAGGAGAAGAGACAUGUUUGCCACCAGCAAUUCAUUGUAUCCCACCUGCACCUAACAUGGAAUCUGCAAGAAAAGAAGCUGAAAUGGUGAUAUUUUCAGUUAUGGAUACUCUCUUCAAGAAAACAGGCGUAACGCCUAGAGACAUUGACAUACUUAUAGUGAACUGCAGCCUGUUUUCGCCAACGCCAUCUUUAUCAGCAAUGGUGGUUAAUAAGUACAGGAUGAGAAGCAACAUCAAGAGCUUUAACCUCUCAGGAAUGGGGUGUAGUGCAGGGCUAAUCUCCAUUGAUUUAGCUCGUGAUCUUCUCCAAGUUUAUCCCAAAUCGAUUGCUGUGGUUGUCAGCACAGAGAUCAUCACACCGAAUUACUAUAGAGGGAAAGAAAGAUCAAUGCUCCUCCCUAAUUGUCUGUUCAGAAUGGGUGGCGUGGCCAUUCUGCUAUCCAACAGGUGGUGGGCAGAUCAAUGGCGCGCCAAAUACAAACUGCUACAUGUUGUGAGAACACACAAAGGAUCCGACGACAAGUCUUACAAUUGUGUGUUUGAAACUGACGAUGCAGAAGGGAAAACAGGAAUUUCUUUAUCAAAAGACCUUAUGGCUAUAGCAGGGGAGGCAUUGAAGUCUAAUAUAACAACAAUUGGACCUCUUGUUCUUCCUCCAUCAGAACAACUUCUCUUUCUCAUCUCAUUCAUUGGCCGAAAGGUCUUUAACACGAGACUGAAACCAUAUAUUCCAGAUUUCAAACAAGCGUUUGAACAUUUCUGCAUUCAUGCCGGUGGCAGAGCAGUGAUCGACGAACUGCAGAAGAACUUGCAGCUGUCUGCAGAACACGUUGAGCCAUCAAGAAUGACCCUGCACCGAUUUGGGAAUACAUCGUCUUCAUCGUUGUGGUAUGAAUUGAGUUAUAUCGAAGCUAAGGGAAGGAUGAAGAAAGGUGAUAGGAUUUGGCAGAUUGCAUUUGGGAGUGGAUUCAAGUGUAAUAGUGCUGUUUGGAAGUGUAACAAAACAAUAAAAACUCCAAGUGAUGGACCUUGGUCUGAUUGUAUCGAUAAGUACCCAGUUCACAUCCCUGAAGUAGUAAAGCUCUAGGAAACUAUAAAACAGCCUCUCUACCUUACUUCUGAGGUAGACGUACGGUCUGCGUACACUGUACCAUCCCCAGACCCCACCCACUUUGUAAGACUACACUGGGUAUGUUAUUGUUGUUGUAGCAGAGAAGAAGACAAUGGUCUUAUUCAUUGCUAAAUCUAUUUGCUAUUUCAGCCUCUUGAAAACUACAUCGAAACUGAUAUAUCGAUGUGAUUCAUACUCUAUGCAGUUGCAAAGCAUGCAUAAAGCUUAUAACUGAAUAAAAGAUGUGAAAUAGU